AAAGAUAUAAAUGUUUUGAAUGUGGAAAAAAGUUCAUGCAAAGUACAAAUCUGAUUUUACAUCAAAGAAUUCACACUGGAGAAAAACCAUAUAAAUGUUUGGAGUGUGGGAAAAACUUUUGUAUGAAGUCAAGCCUUACUAUGCAUCAAAGAAUCCAUACAGGAGAGAAACGGUAUAAGUGUUUGGAAUGUGGAAAGAAGUUCAUGCAGAGUACAAACCUCAUUUUGCAUCAGACAAUACACACAGGAGAGCAGCCAUAUAAUUGUUUGGAGUGUGGAAAGAGCUUUAGUAAGAAGUCAAACCUUACUGUUCAUCAAAGGAUCCACACAGUGGAGAAACCAUUUAAAUGCCUGGAGUGUGGAAAAGGCUUUGCUGAAAGUGAAAGUCUUAUUAGACACCAAGGAAUUCAUGAGGAGGGACAGCUAUUUCCUUUCCUUGAGUCUGGAAAGGGAUUGCAGCAAAACACAAAUCUCACUGCACGUCAAAGAACCCACACAGGUGAAAAACGCUAUAAAUGUUUGGAAUGUGGGAAGACUUUUAUGUUGAGUACAACACUCCUUAUACAUCAAAGAACCCACACUGGUGAAAAACCAUAUAUAUGUUUAGAAUGUGGAAAGAGCUUUAUGCGGAGUACAACCCUCAUUGUACAUAAAAGAACCCAUACAGGAGAAAAACCAUAUACAUGUUUAGAAUGUGGAAAGAGCUUUAUGCAGAGUAAAAAUCUCAUUAUGCAUCAAAGAACCCAUACAGGUGAGAAACCGUAUAAAUGCUUAGAGUGUGGAAAGAGCUUUAUUCAGAAUUCAAGCCUUACUGCCCACCAGAGAAGUCACACUGGGGAAAAACUAUAUGACUGUUCAGAAUGUGGAAAGAAGUUCACACGAAAUGCAAAUCUCAUAAUACAUCAGUUACUCCACACAGGGGAGAAACCAUACAAAUGCUUGGAAUGUGGAAGGAGCUUUACUCUGAACAAACGGCUUAUUAGCCAUCAAAGAAUCCACACAGACGUGAAACCCUUUAAAUGCCUGGAUUGUGGGAAAACCUUUAGUCACAAAUCAAACCUUAAGAGACAUCAGAGAAUCCAUACAGGGGAGAGACAGUAUGCAUGCUCCGAGUGUGGAGAAACCUUUCGUCAAACAUCCAACUUAGUCAGACAUCAGAGAAUUCAUACAGGUGAGAAACCAUACACUUGCCUGGAUUGUGGAAGGAGCUUUAGACGUAGUGCGGACCUUACUUGCCAUGAAAGAAUCCACACAGGAGCGAAGCCUUACAAGUGUUCCUUCUGUGGCAGGUCCUUUGCAGCUAAGUCAAGUCUCAAUGGUCACCACAAGUUGCACACAGGAGAAAAUACAUAUAAAUGCUUGGAGUGUGGGAAGAGCUUCAGGUGGAGCACACACCUUAUUAGGCAUCAAAGUGUCCACACAGGGGAGAGGCCCUAUACAUGCUGGGAGUGUGGAAAGAGCUUUAGUGACAAUGGAAACCUUCUAUCACAUCAGAGAAUUCACACAGGAGAGUGCCCAUAUAAAUGUGAUGAAUGUGGAAAGAGCUUCCAGAUGAGUGCAUCCCUAAGUUCACACCAAAAAAUUCACACGGGUGUGAAACCAUAUAAAUGCUUGGAAUGUGGGAAAAGCUUCAGCCACCAUGGAAACCUUAUUUCGCAUCAAAAAGUUCACUCUGGCGAGAAACCUUAUCACUGCUUCGAGUGCGGGAAGAGCUUUAAGGUGAGCACAUCUCUCACUUCACACCAGCGACUCCACACAGGUGAGAAGCCAUAUCAAUGCUCAGAGUGUGGGAAGAGUUUCAGUCACAGAACAGGCCUUUCUUUGCAUCAAAUAAUCCACACAGGAGAGAAACCAUUUAAAUGCCAACAGUGCGGAAAGAACUUCAACCGCAGCACGACUCUUAAUUCUCAUCAAAGAAUUCACACAGGAGAGAAACCUUUUAAAUGCCUGGAGUGUGGGAAGAGCUUCAGCCGGAGCACAACUCUGAAUUCACACCAAAGAAUUCACACAGGAGAAAAACCGUAUCAGUGUUCAGAGUGCGGCAAGUGUUUCUGUGCCAAAUCAAGCCUUAAUGAGCACCAGAGGUUGCACACAGGAGUGAAACCAUAUAAAUGCCUGGAGUGUGGAAAGAGCUUCCUAUGGAACACACACCUUAUUAAACAUCAAAGAAUCCACACAGGGGAGAAACCCCACACAUGUCUGGAGUGUGGAAUGAGCUUCAGUCAGCGUACCACACUUACCAAUCAUCAGAGAAUCCACACAGGCGAGAAACCAUACAAGUGUUCUGAGUGUGGAAAGAGCUAUCGGUGGAGCACAAGUCUUAUUACUCACAAUUGCAUGCAUACAAGAGGAUACAGAGUAAACAGUGACACUGGGGAAAGUGUUUCCAUAGAUGCACAACCUUUAGUUCUCAUCAAAGAAUCCACUCAGGGCCAAAACUUUGUAAGUGUUUGGAGUGUGGAAGGGGCUUCAACUGGAGAACAGUCCUAACUUCACCUGAGCAGCUGUUUGAUUUCUCAUGAGUUUUGUUGCCAGGGGAGGGGGGAACAGCUAAAAUUGUAACCAGUUUAUUUUACUUUGUAUUUUCAGAGUAUACAUUUAAUGGGAUUGAACCUACCCAUAUCCUCCCAUUUCUCUGGGCAAAGUUGGAAGCCUUCUUCCAGCAUGAAAAUCUUUCCACCAAGUUAAGUGGCUCUUUCGUUGGAGGAAUGCUCUUUGGAGGAUGGCUGGAUCCACCCCAGCGUUCAUUGCUUAGUACCCCUGCUGAGCUAUUCACCCAUACAAUUAAAAGAAACACACAUGGAUCUGAUUUAUCAGAUCUUUGGACCAUCCCAAUCAGCAUUGCCUAUCCCAGACUGGAAGCAGCCUUCCAGGAUCUCAGGCUGAGAUCUUCCACAUCACCUAUGACUUAAUCGUUACUAGAGAUUCCAAGGAUUGAAUUUGGAACCUUCUGUGGCGCCUCCCCACUGUCAUCAUUAUGGAAUAGUCCUCUGGAUAAUCAACAAACCGAUGUCCUACUGAGGAGAGAUGUGCAUGGGCUAAUUCUGUCUCCCUAAUGUAUUUUCUAUCCAUUUAUACUACAUUUUUACCAAGAGGGUGCUUAUCCCAUUUUCCAUCACCAGAGAAUAUCCGAGCAAUAUGUUAUCCUUAGAAUUGGUGCAAAUUCUGAAUUUUGCUUGGAACUAUGGCCUGUUGUAUUAUGAUUCCAGUUCUAUCUACAUUUCAACAGAGUCCCUGAAGGGAUAUGUAUUUGAAAAGGCCAGCACACAUUUCUACUCAUUGUGUAAAUGAGUUGUUUAAUCUGGGACUGCUUGAAUGCAAGGAGAUAAGGCAAGAUGUAAGUAUUUUAAAUAAAUACAGACAUACGUAUG